ACGAGUGACACGACGUUCACAGAAUUUCUCAAACUCAAAACUGGAUGAUGAUUGAUGAAUGAAACUGAAUUAAUCCAACCUCAAAAUUAAUAAGUAGCAUUUCAAGUAUCACUAAAUUAAAUAAUAGAAGAAAUAAAAUGACUCUAUACCAUUUCGGGAAUUGCGUAGCACUAAUAUAUGUUCCCUACUAUCUAACAUAUAAGUACGCCGGAUUAUCUGAAUAUGGAGCAUUUUGGAAAUGUGUUCAGGCUGGAGGAAUUUAUAUGUGUACACAAUUAGUCAAAAUGUUAAUACUUGCUACGUUCUUUCCUGAUAAUAUCUUGGAAAGCAACGGAGAUUAUUUUGGGGAGUUCUUGAAGGCAACAGUGGAUCUAGGUGAUUUAAUAGGACUUUACAUUGUUCUCAUGAGAAUUCCUGGUAAAAGUCAUAGCAAGGUUUUAACAGCUGGUAUGGGUUGGGCUAUAGCUGAAGUAAUUUUGACUCGAGCGUUAUUUUUAUGGGUUGGAGCAAGAGGAGCUGAGUUCGACUGGAAAUAUAUCAGAAAAUGUUUAGAAUCCAAUAUAAAUUUAGUGAAUUAUCUUAAUGUAACAACAUUAAUUUGGUUAUGGUCUCGACAUGAUCUGAAAGUCAAUUUAAAACCCUUAAUAACUGCCUUAUUGAUACUUUUAUCUUAUAAAUCUUUGACUAUUGAUAUUUUACUACAGAGUUUGAUGAUGAGUCCAUGGAUAGUAUUAUUUAUUAAAGGAGCAUUCACUCUGUUGAUAGGAUCCUUGACCUUAAUUGUUUAUGCUGCUUUAACAAGAGAUAUGGGAGUUUAUUAAGACUGAAAUUAUAUUAGUUUCCAUUUUCAGUUAUUUAUGUGAAAUAUGAUUUUACAAUUGUUUAUCUUAUAAUUUUGUUAAUUCUUUAAAAUAUAUUGUUCUCAAUAUAA